AUGUCAGAGAAUAGAGCCUUUGACAAUUUUUCUGAUCCAAAGACUCUCGUCACAUCGAAGAAACAAAAUGCUCUCGACAUUUAUUGUCCACAGUCGUCUUGCAAAUGUCUCAUUCUGAGAGCAAACAUUGGAACCUUGGUCGAAAGACCAAAAGAAAAGCUAACAUUACCCAAAGGACAGAACAAGACUCAGCCUUCUGAAAUUUCCGAGACUUCCAAUAAAAAUGAAAAAAAGGUUACCGAGGGGAAUAACAAAGAGGGUAACUCAUCUCAGCUUCAAGGAUUUUGGCAGCUAACCGAUCUGAUGGCUUUUGAAAAUAUCGGAUUUUCGAAAACAAUCAUAGAAACAGGAGUAAAAUACAUAUGCUGCGCAGAUUGCAAUACAGGCCCUUUAGGUUAUCAUGACACUGUAGCGAAAGAGGUAGAAUACUUGAUUGCAGUUGAUAAAGUUAGUUACGCUGUUAUUCAAGAAACUGGAAUUGAGGCUUAA